AAAGCACUUCCUUUUGUGUUUUUGGAUUUCUGAUUCCGACCCACGGUUUAAUCUCCGGUCCGGCGGACCCCAAAGAUAUAGAUCGGAGAAAAUGAUUGAGAAGUGUUUGGGAGUUCAGAGAUCUAGAAAGAUCCACAGAGCUCUCCGUCACUGUAAGGUCACCGUCCUCUGUCUCGUCCUCACCGUUGUUGUGCUGCGUGGUACCAUCGGCGCCGGUAAGUUUGGUACCCCAGAGCAGGACUUCAACGAGAUCCGUGACCACUUCUACUCUCGCAAGCGUGCCGAGCCGCAUCGUGUUCUUGAGGAGGUGCAAACGACGUCGUCGUCGUCGUCGGUUUCGGAGGCAAAGUCCGACGCCGACAGCAAUAACUAUAAUGCGUUUGAUAUCAACAAGAUAUUGAUAGAUGAGGAGGCCGGCGACUCGAAACCUGACCCUAACCAGCCUUACUCUCUCGGGCCCAAAAUCUCAGAUUGGGACGAGCAGCGAGCGAAAUGGCUUAAAGAGAACCCUGAUUACCCGAAUUUUCUUGGUCCGAACAAGCCGCGGGUUCUGUUGGUCACUGGGUCGUCGCCGAAACCAUGUGAGAACCCUGUCGGUGACCAUUACCUGUUGAAAUCUAUCAAGAACAAGAUCGAUUACUGUAGGUUACAUGGGAUCGAGAUAUUCUACAAUAUGGCGCUUCUAGAUGCGGAGAUGGCGGGUUUCUGGGCCAAAUUGCCGUUGAUUCGGAAGCUUUUGCUGUCACAUCCGGAGAUUGAGUUUCUGUGGUGGAUGGAUAGUGACGCUAUGUUCACUGAUAUGGCGUUCGAACUUCCAUGGGAGAGGUACAAAGAUGCCAAUUUGGUGAUGCACGGUUGGAAUGAGAUGGUGUACGAUCAAAAGAACUGGAUUGGGUUGAACACUGGGAGUUUCCUGCUGAGGAAUGGGCAGUGGGCUCUGGAUCUUCUUGACGUUUGGGCACCCAUGGGUCCUAAGGGAAAAGUUAGAGAAGAGGCUGGAAAGAUUCUGACCCGGGAGCUCAAGGAUCGACCUGUUUUCGAAGCUGAUGAUCAGUCAGCAAUGGUUUAUUUGCUUGCUACACAGAGGGAAAAGUGGGGUGAUAAGGUGUAUUUGGAGAGUGCUUACUAUUUGCACGGUUAUUGGGGGAUUUUGGUUGAUAGAUAUGAGGAAAUGAUUGAGAAUUACCAUCCCGGUCUGGGUGAUCAUAGAUGGCCAUUGGUGACUCACUUUGUGGGAUGCAAGCCAUGUGGAAAGUUUGGAGAUUACCCUGUUGAGAGGUGUCUGAAGCAGAUGGAUAGGGCGUUUAAUUUUGGUGACAAUCAAAUUCUUCAGAUAUAUGGGUUCACACACAAGUCUCUGGCUAGUAGACGGGUGAAGAGAGUUAGAAAUGAGACUGGCAAUCCGCUUGAGGUGAAAGAUGAACUUGGAUUGCUUCAUCCAGCUUUCAAGGCAGUUAAGUUAUCUUCUUCUUGAAGACCAAUAGUCUUUGCUGCCAAAAUGGUAAGAUGUAAUGUGCAAUGUUUUGUAUGAAAUGCUUAUCUUUCCUAUGUGCUAGGUGCAGCAUUAGUAUUCUUUUGUUCCUUACUUUGCUUAAAUUAUAAGUCUGUAAUGCUUCCAAAGGGAACAGCGCUCAUUAUUUCGUUUGCAGCUAUUCAAUUUUGUAAAGUCUCAGAAAAUUUCAUUCUGUCAAUAGUAUGUUGUGGUAAUACUUGAUUGCUUAGACCUGUUUACAAC